AUGGUAUUAGAAUUGAGAAUUAUAGUCCAUUCGGUUGUCAUAGGGCUUUCUCUAGGAGCCUCAAACAAUACUUGCUCUAUAAAAGGACUAUUGGCUGCCCUUUGCUUCCAUCAAAUGUUUGAAGGAGUGGGACUCGGUGGUUGCAUCCUCCAGGCUGAAUACAAAUUCUUGAAGAAGGCUAUAAUGGUCUUCUUCUUCUCUGUAACAACUCCAUUUGGAAUUGCACUUGGGUUGGCUUUGUCGAGCACAUACAAAGAGAAUAGCCCUAGAUCUUUGAUCACUGUUGGACUUCUUAAUGCAUCUUCGGCUGGCCUUUUGAUUUACAUGGCUUUGGUAGACCUUCUCGCAGCAGAUUUCAUGGGUCCAAAGUUGCAAGGUAGCAUUAAGCUCCAGAUUAAAUCCUACAUGGUAGUUCUUUUAGGUGCUGGUGGCAUGUCUCUGAUGGCAAAAUGGGCUUGA